UUGUCCGCAUUCAGUUCAGUGUGACGAGAGGAGCAAGUAACACUAUUGUUUCGGUCAGUUUCAUUUUCGCAUUAUUUCCGAGGUACACAAGAAGCAGAUCUUCCAAGAUGUCUGCUGGAUAUAGAGUCGCUGGAUGCCGCUACAUACUGGUUCUGUUGGCGGUGGCCUGUACACUACCGAGUGGAAUCAGAUCGGCCCCAUCUAGACGCCAGUGUCUCAUUGCAAGGAAUGAGCUAUCCAACCUGAUUGACCUGCUGAAUAACAUGGAUGAACCGUACGACGAAUCAGUGGAAGAAGAAUUUGAUGAGCUGGAAGAAACAAAUACAGCAUCCUGCAUUGUCAAACUGAAAAGCAUACGUACAUCUGUCAAACAACUGCAUAAAAACUACCACGAUUUGAAGCAAAUCCGGCAAGAUGAUCCCAUUUCAAACUACCGCAUUUCCAAAUACAGGUACGAGUCGAAAUUGAGAGACCUAAACCAAACGCUGUCUGAGCUCGUGCCGCAAGUGAGCAACCAGGAUUUGACUGCACUAAAUAAGCUGCGCCGUAAGGUAAAGGAGGUUGAGAUCAAGCUGGCCAGGAGCGUCAAUAAUCUUCAGAAGCAAAGAGAACAAACUGCCGCGGCGCUAUCGCAGACGGUUAUUCAAAAAAUUCGUACAGACUCAGUGGAUGCAGCAAUUGCCGAAUUCAAACACCUCGCCUUGCGUAGUGAAGAUCCAUUUCGUAUAAUCGUGCUACAGGUGUAUCGCGGGUCAGAUGACGAUGCAAGGAAGCUGAUCAACUUUCUAGAAAAGGUCGAUUUCAACGAUCGUCCCAUCGGGGGAUACGAAGUGUUGGUCGAUAGAAUGAUUACAGAGGAUAAACUCCGCGGAGAUAACGCAGUGCGUAUACUAAAGGAUAUUCAAGCCAUUAUCAUGGCGAGAGUCGGUCAACAGCACGAUCGGGCCGUAGCCCUACUGAAGAGAUUCAGGGUAAAAGCUCACUAAUGUUCAACACGGUGACACGGUUUUCCGCUACGGUUGAAAAAAAAAACACAAUUUCUUUCGACUUUCUAAGCAAUUUUUUUAAAUAAACGGUUUGUAC